AAACCUUUGACCCGGAAACGGAUGACUAGUUUACAUCCGGGUCACGCCGCUCUGAGACGCUACCGCUUCGUUUCUUUUCACAGCAGCAGCACAGAACAAAGAUGUCUGACGACGACGACGUGGCUCCCGUCCCCAAGAGGACGCGUCUGUACUACGGCAGCCUGGAGGAGAAGGAGCGCGAGCGCCUGAGCGAGUCGGGGAGGGGCGGCGAUGGCGUGAAGGCCGGCAUCAAGGCGGGAAACAUCAACAUCUCGUCAGGAGAGACUCUGGAACUCGAGGACCGGGCCAGCGACCGGCAGCACGACGCGCUCGCUGCCUUCGAGCAGCGGCGGCGAGCGCGGCAGAUCACCGUGUCCACCGACGACACGGAGGUGAAGGCCGGCCUCCGGGCGCUCGGGGAGCCAAUCAUAUUGUUCGGAGAGGGACCAGCUGACCGCCGGGAGAGACUUCGCAGUGUUCUGUCAGUUGUUGGUCCGGACGCUCUGAAGAAGUCCAGAAGAGAAGAAGAGAGAGCCAAGAGGUCACAGGACGAGUGCCAGCAGACAUGGUACCACGAAGGCUCCGCCUCCCUGAAGGAUGCUCGCCUCUGGUUGGCCAAGUACUCUCUGCCGAGGUCGUUGAAGCGGCUGGAGGCGGCGCGCACGCUCCGGGCCGUUCCCGAGGCGACCAGGGCCAUCCGGCAGCAGGAGCAGCAGAACAGCCUGCGGAAUCUGAACAACUUCUGCAGUCAGAUCGGUGACGAUCGACCAAUCAGCUUCUGCCACUUCAGCCCCGACUCCAAGAUGCUGGCCACUGCCUCCUGGAGUGGCCUGUGUAAGCUGUGGUCCGUCCCCGACUGCAGCCUGAUUCGUACACUCAGAGGACACCACACCAAUGUGGGCGCGGUGGUCUUCCGCCCGGAGUCCGGGAUCUCUCUCGACCAAUCAGACGUCAACUUGGCCUCCUGCGCGACGGACGGGUCUGUGAAGCUGUGGAACCUCGAGAGCGACGAGCCGGUGGCCGACAUCGAGGGCCACAGCGACCGAGUCUCCAGAGUCUCCUGGCACCCUUCUGGAAGGUUCCUGGGGACCGCCUGCUAUGAUAACUCGUGGCGGCUCUGGGACCUGGAGGUCCAGGAGGAGAUCCUCCACCAGGAGGGUCACAGCAAAGGAGUCCACGACAUCCACUUCCACCCCGACGGCUCGCUGGCUGCUACUGGAGGCCUGGAUGCCUUCGGUCGGGUUUGGGACCUUCGGACCGGACGAUGUGUCGUGUUCCUGGAGGGACACCUGAAGGAGAUCUACAGCGUCCACUUCUCCCCCAACGGGUAUCACCUGGCGACAGGAAGUGGGGACAACACCUGUAAGGUUUGGGAGCUGAGAAACAGGAAGUGUAUGUACACAGUCCCCGCCCACCAGAACCUGGUGUCCUCCGUCCGCUUCCAACCCACAGACGGUCACUUCCUGUUGACCGGAGCUUACGACAACACGGCGAAGGUUUGGAGUCACCCGGGAUGGACGCCGCUGAAGACGCUCGCCGGACAUGAGGGGAAGGUGAUGGGCGUGGACGUGUCGCCUGACGGGAAGCUGAUCGCCACCUGCUCCUACGACCGCACCUUCAAGCUGUGGCUGUCGGAGUGAUGAGUGAUGUCAUCACAACGACUUUCUUUUUUUAUCAAAACGAUAUUUCCACUCUUUUUUUUUUUUGUUCUUAAAAAAAUAAAACAAUUUACAUUUUUUAA